AUGUCCCAGAGAGCGCCCGACUACCCUCCGCCCAACUACAUAACGCCGCCCUUCCCGUCCCUGUCGCUCCAACCCAGAGACCUGACAGGCGAUCACCGCUGGAGCCUGUACUAUCUCAGCGACAUAUGGCGCUUCACCGUCCUCUGGACCAUCAUCUUCUAUGCGGCGGUCCAUCUGGCGGCCGCCGCCAUCGCCAUCGCCAUGCAAGGCGGCAAAAAACGCUCCCGGGUGCAUCUCUGGGUGGCGCCCAUCAUCUACGUCAGCGUCGCCAUGGUGCAGGGACUCAUAGCCGGUAGCAUUGUCGGCGUGAUACUUGCCGCCGUUUACAACGCAGGUUUCUUCUCCAUGUCGACCUGGCUACCCGCCCUUUGGGGUCUUAUCAACGUUCUCGUCCUUAUCAUCUCGUCCUUCUCUAUCCAGGGCGCGCUUUGA